AUUCAAAAUAGACACAUUUAGCACGCGUUUCUUAUUGAUGCUACGCCAGAACUUUACUGAAGACACCAACAUGCUCAGAGUACAAUAAUAAUUGUAAUUGCUCGGGGGCUAAAUCUGUCAGUACCACCUGCGCCAAAGCUAACGUCAACGGUCCCUCUUUGGCGAAACGAUGUGGUGGAGUCGUGUGCUGCUAAUCAGCUGGGUUGUGGUGCUGGUCCAGCUGCUCAGUUUGGAAGCAGUUCCCAUCAGCAAGGACAGGACCAAAAUUAACACCCCAGAGGUCCGAAUUGAAGAUGCUCCUGCUAGUGCAGACACCGGCCUCCACUAUGACCGGUACCUGAGGGAAGUAAUUGAUUUUCUGGAAAAAGAUGAACAUUUCAGAGAAAAACUCCAUAAUACAGACAUGGAAGAUAUCAAGCAAGGCAAACUUGCCAAAGAACUGGACUUUGUCAGCCACAAUGUCAGAACCAAACUGGAUGAGUUGAAGAGGCAGGAAGUAAAUCGACUCAGGACACUGAUUAAGGCUCGCCAUGACCUUGAAGGUGGCAAUGAUAUUGCAGUGGACCACCAGGCUCUCCUGAAACAGUUUGAAUACUUGAACCAUAUGAACCCGCAUACAUUUGAAGUGGAUGACCUCGAUCGCCUCAUCAAAUCGGCAACAAAUGAUCUGGAGAACUUCGACAAAGAGAGACACGAGGAAUUCAAGCGUUACGAAAUGAUGAAGGAGCACGAUAGGCGGGAACACUUGAAGACACUGGAUGAAGAUGAGCGAAAGCGGGAGGAGCAGCACUAUGAGCAGAUGAGGAAAAAACACGCUGACCACCCCAAAGUCAACCACCCGGGUAGCCAGAAUCAGCUCAAGGAAGUGUGGGAAGAUACUGAUGGCUUAGACCCGGAGGAUUUUGAUCCAAAAACGUUUUUCAAUUUGCACGACACCAACGGAGAUGGAUUCUUUGAUGAGCAGGAACUGGAGUCACUCUUCACCAAGGAGCUGGAAAAGCUCUACGAUCCCACCAACGAGGAGGACGAUAUGGUAGAAAUGGAGGAGGAGAGGUUGCGCAUGAGGGAGCAUGUCAUGAAUGAGGUGGAUUCAAACAAAGACAGGCUAGUCUCUCUAGAUGAGUUCAUGACCGCAACAAAUAAAAGAGAAUUCUUGGAGCCAGAUAGUUGGGAGACGUUGGAGCAGAACCAGGCCUACACAGAUGAGGAGAUGAGGGAGUUUGAGGAGCACCUUGCCCGGCAAGAGCAGGAACUUCACCAGAAAUCUGCUGACCUUCAGAAACAGAGAGACGAGCUGGAGAGGCAGCAGGAGCAGCUGAAUGCACAGAAAGUGGAGUUGCAACAGGCAGUCGAUCACAUGGAACGACUCAGAGCCGAAAAACUAGAACCCCCUAAUGAGGUCCAAGGAAACGCCAUUCCGGAGAACGACGCACUCAACGAUCAGCAGCAGCAGGAGGCCCUCGGCCAAGAGCAUCAACCUCCAGCUCAAGCUCAUCAGGAUGCAUCUCAGGACCAGAGUCAGCAAGCGGCCCACCAGACUCACCAGGAUCUCCCUCCAGGCGACCAAGAAAUCUCACAAAUUAAGAACACCGUGCCAUAGAGAGCCUUCAACAAUUGGACAUUUGCAACCUUGUCUAAUCUAAGCGUGUCUUGGCCUAUUCCACCAUGAUGACUUGACUGGUGCUUUGGAACACACUCAGGAUGGAGAAGUACACAAGAUGAACAAUACCAGUUUUUGGUGCCCAAAUUCUGAAUUACAUUACAGAUUUUUAGGAGCAUUUUGUCAACAUAAUGGCAGGACAGAGACAUUUCAGGACUAAUGCUACAUCUCAUUUCAAGGCCUGUGGACAGUCACUUUAAAUCUGUGGAACACCAGAGUCCCAGUUAGGAACCCUCACCUCUUGUGUUGACUUUGAGUGAAAUGUGUAUUUUGAAUGAGAAUCUGCCAUUAGAGAGUCUUUUGCCAUUAGUUUACCUCUACAGAAUCGCUACACUUAAUAGCAAGGAUGACCUAUUACUGGCUUCCUUUACCUGCACCCUUCAGCUAUUUGUUAAGCAAAUCAAACCAAUGAUUCUGUGUUGAAAUAAAUCACUGAUCUGCCACAACUGGGGGAAAAAAAGUGAUUAGAAUUUGUUUUCUUUCACUAGGGCACACAGGACUCUCUUUUGGCAUAAGAGCCAUUCAAGUUAGUGGUUUCACUAAAUUAUGGAACAUUUGUCAGUUUGUUUACAUUUUAAUUACGCUCCCUCCCCAGUAAUCAAUGGUUUUAUUUGCUAAGUUUUAACUUAAUUAUUGCUAAAACUUUGUAUUCAUCUGCAAAAUAGCAUUUGUCUUUGAAUUAAAAUCUUUUGGAUGACUGAAUUUUAAUAAGGGCAAAAAGUCUUUAAAGUUAGGGUCUUUUAGCAAUGCAGAUCACCCCUGAAAGAGACUUUUGUUUCAACGGGGUUUUAUUUGCUGGUUUAAGGUUUUGAUUGAAUGGCUGAAGUUGCAUUCAGCUCCCGUCCAUGUGGUAUGAUGGAGAUGAAGAAUUUGAUAAUUUGCACAAAUCUCAAGUCAGAUGUGAUGUCAGUUGUCAUGCCUUGCAGUGUCGUGGUUUCUUUGUUCUUUCAUUGAGUUUGCAAAACUUAGGUUUUAGGCCCCACAAAAUAUUUCUGCCAUGAGGUUUUCUCUGUGAAAAUACUGCAUAAUAGUUUGCACAAUACAUACAAGUGGUAUUAUUGCUUGCUGCUGGAUUAAAUUGUCAGUGUAUGUUGCAA